AUGGCAGAGACUAGGUCUUCCAUUCAGAAUUUGGAGAUACAAAUUGGUCAGUUGAGGAAGAAGCUACUUGAGGAACCCUCCAACACUCUUCCAAGCAAUACUGAGAUAAAUCCAAGGAAAAAGUGCAAGGUCCUCACUUUGGAAGCUGAGGCCGAACCUAAGGAGAAAAUUGCUGUUGAGGAACUGAAGGAGAACAAGGAUCAAGAGGAGAUUAGGAGUGCACUCACAGACACCACCAUGAAGAUGAAGGAGCCUAAAGACCAGCCUACUCUAGACGUGCAUAAGGAGCCUGAGGAUGAGCAACUUACUCAGUUCUUGGUAGCCCUCAAGAAGUUGCAAGUUAAAAUCUCUUUUGCAGAGGUGUUGGAGAAGAAACCACCUUAUAUGGCAUGUUUAAAAAGUGUGAUUUCUGAAAAGACGGCCCUGAAGGGAAAUAAAACUAUGGUGUUGACUAAGGAGUGCAGUGCCCUUGUACAAAAGAAGCUACCUCAUAAGAUGCCAGAUCCCGGAAGCUUUCUAAUUUCCUGUACUAUAGGGACCAUUACAUUUGAGAAGGCCUUGUGUGACCUUGGAUCAAGCAUAAACCUAAUGCCUCUCUCUGUGACGAAGAAGCUGGGAAUCCAAGAAGUGCAGCCUACCAGGUUCUCACUAGAGAUGGCAGAUAAGUCCCUGAAAUGGGCAUAUGGACUGGUGGAGAAUGUCCUUGUAAAAGUUGAAGACCUUUACCUCCCUGCAGACUUUGUGAUACUUGACACUAAAGAGGACCAGAAUGACUCCAUCAUCUUGGGAAGGCCCUUCUUAGCUACUGGGAAGGCCUUGAUAGACGUUGAGAAAGGAGAGUUAAUUUUGAGGCUAUGGGAGGAUCAUAUCCUGUUUAAGAUUCCCAACCUUCGCUAUCUCUCGGAUAAAAGAGUUGACAGACCGAUUACUGGGAAGGGCAUAGAGUAUGCUCGGGAGCUUGGACAAGCACCACCUCAGGAGCUGAUUCCCCCUCCUCAACAGGAGCAGCCUGAGAUACCUCAGGGAUACCAUUUUCCUCCGCACAAGUACUGUGACAAGCUGGCAGUAUCUAUUGGGCAGCUGGCAUCUUCUAUUGUUCAAAUGAGGAUAGAGCAUAAGGACCACUUAGUCCUUCUUCAUCAGCUAGUGAAGGAAUAG